AUGACAAAGAAAAAAAAAAGUCAAAUUCAUUCGACUUGGCCAGCGCCAAUUCCUACUGACUUGAAAAAAGAAUGUCUGCAACAAUUUCUUUCUCAGAUGUCUAUGUCCGUAUUGGCUGAAGUGACUUGUGCGGUCUGCAAUAUUCGUAGUCCAGAACAGGAUUCAAUACAAAUGCCAAUGUCAGAAAUUCCUAAUAUACAUCUACUCAAAAUAUCUGAUGAACUUAAAAAUUUAGUCAUCAAUACUCAAUCAUCUACUUCGAAAAACUCUAACGGUUCUUCAACUACAAAGUCGUCUUAUUUCGAUUACGAAAAUGAUAUUAUUCUCUAUGUCAAUGGGAUGUAUCAAGAAAAUAAUGUAAAUAUGUGUAUACUUUGUCAAAAAUGCAGUAAUGGUUUAUCGAAGGAACAGAUUCCUAAAUUUUCAGUAGCAAACAAUAUGUGGUUAGGUGAUGUGCCUCUUGAGUUACAAGGGCUAACCAUCCCAGAAGAAAAACUGAUAUCAUUACACCGUCACAAUAGUUGUAUAAUAAAACUACAGUCACCUUUUCAUUCAAUGGCGACUGCUCAAGGUGCAUUAAAAGGCAAUUGUAUUACUUUUCUACAAAAUACACCAAAUAUUGUUAACAGUCUACCACUUGAAAUGGCCGAUCUGUGUGACACUCUCAAACUACCUGAAGAUGAUAUACCAGAACCCAUAAUGACAACAAUGGAACAGAUAUUAAAUGAUAAAGAAGUACCAUCUGAAAGAGUUGGAUAUAUUCCUGAUCCAUUAUCUAACUCAACAGAAUUGAAUAUCUCAAAUGUCAUUCCUGUUAAUAACAGUGCUGUUCUCGACGUGAAUGGUUCGUCGAUAUCUUCCGAGGAAAUAAAUAAUUAUCUUCUAAAGAAAAUCAAAAACGAUGGAACAAAUGAUGAAAUGGAUGUUGAAAAUAUUUACUUGAUUCCUCAUUCUUCCAAACCUGUCAAUGAAUAUUUUAAUCCAAAAUUAUUAGCAGGUCUCUAUCGAACGUUAUUCUGUUAUGGACUUGGAGCACCUGAAGAUCGAACACGGCCACUCACCAUAAAUUUACGAGAACAUAUACGUUAUCUUUUAUGCUACAAUGAUCGACGUUUUGAAAAAAAUCAUAGUUUUAUAUUUGUAGUCUUUAAUUUAUUGCAAAGACGUGAUGCAUGUUUCCAUGCUCAACUUAUAGCAACGAAACCUUAUUUUCGAUCUUCCGCUCAAGAAAUUCACUCAUUGAACACUAGUGAUAUUGAGGUAGCUCUUAAAAAUAUUUCUACAGGAACAUACAAUACAGGAUCUAACAAGGCUUUAGGUAAACUGGUAAAUCAUAUUAAAACAAUCGGCGGUCGAGUGAUGGGUUCAGCAUAUUCACGUACAUCCUUACGUACACAUCUUCAUGCAAUGAUUUUUAAUCAAAGUCUACCCAACAUAUUUCUCACUCUCAAUCCAGCUGAUAUUCACAGUCCCGUAGCAUUAUAUUUUGCAGGUGUGAAACUUGAUUUGGACAAUGUUCAAGCCGAACAACUUAUGGACGCAUACAAGCGUGCCGAAAUUAUCGCUUCUCAUCCUGUUGCUACUGCCAAAUUUUUCCAUAUAUUGAUUUCUAAUAUCUUAGAUACAAUGAUUCUUGGUGGUGUAGUCGGUCCUGUGAAAGCAUAUUUUGGUACUGUUGAAAGUCAAGGACGAGGUUCACUUCAUUUGCAUCUCCUUAUUUGGCUUAAUCAUGUCUUGAAGCCAGCUGAUAUGAAGAACAAGAUUCAAGAUGCAAGUUUUCGUGAAAAUUUGAUAGCAUAUUUAGAAGAUAUCAUCAAAGAAGAUCUAGAUGAAUUCAAAGAUAAACGUGUCUUCGAGAAUUUAGAUGCGUUACGUACUAUUGAUUUAGCAGGUUUAGAAGAAAAUACAAAUGAAAAUGAUAUUCGGUUGACGCCGAUAAAAGACCAAUCGUCUCCAUCAGUUCCUUAUGCUUCUCCACCAAAUCUGCGUGGCUCUCCAUCGAUUUCUUAUGCUUCUCCACAACGCAUUGAAUUAUUACAAACACCAAUACAUGAUCAAUCAAUAUUUAGUAUGGAUGUUUCGGAUAUCCAGUCAAGGCUACCUCCAGCAUGUUUGCCUACUCCAGAUCCAUCUUUACCUAACUUUUGGUCACGAUUUUGUGCUGAUGUGACACAACUUGUUGAAUCAGGUAAUGUUCACAGACAUAGUGAUACGUGUUAUAAAUAUUGUAAAGCUAUGGCGAAGAAAAUUUGUCGAUUGAUUAUGCCACGCAAAUUGAUAUCAGUAUCGACAAUUGAUCCGGAGACUGGUCAUAUUUCUAUGCGACGAUCACAUCCAUGGAUUAAUAAUUUUAAUGAAUACGUUAUAUCAUCAUGUCGUUCCAACAUGGAUAUUAAAUUUAUUUGGACUGGUAGUGAUACUAAGGCUCUUGUGUAUUAUAUCACUGAUUAUAUCACAAAAACGAGUCUAUCUUUUCAUGAUACAUUCUCUCUUAUUCAAAAAAGUAUUACAUCAUUCAAAAAUGUAGCAGAUCAAACAGAGGCGGAAAGUGCUAUAGAAAAAUCACACAAACUGGUUUUGCGUUGUUACAAUACACUUGCUUCUCAACAAGAGCUAUCUGGAGUUCAAGUUGCCUCUUAUCUCAUGAAUUGGGGCGACCAUUACACUACACACAAAUUUCAAGGUCUUUAUUUAAUUCAAACUGAGAUAUUUUUACAAACAGAAUUAAACGAAUUACGCAUUAAACAAAAUUUAGAACAUGCCUCGCAUGAUGUAAUUGACGAUGACAAUGUGUUGGAUGAUGAAAAUACUGUGGAUGAAGACAAUAAUGAAGAAAAUUUUCAGAUUCAAUCUACUGAAAAUAAAAACAGUUUUGUACUUGUCAGCACAAGAGUUGAUUAUCAAUAUCGAUCAGAUACUCGAAGCAAAAUCUGUUUAUGCGCUUUCGUUAGUACAUUUUACAAGAGAAAAAUGAAUGCAACAGAUGCAAAAUAUUUAUCCAAAUCUUCUCCCAAGUCUUCCACCACAGAAGAGCAACAAGGGAUUCGAAAAGACCGACCACCAAAUCAACGUUUUCUUUUUCAAGAACAGCAUCCGCAAGCAACAACCUAUCUGUUGACUGAAUACAGUGAGGCUCAUACAGCGAUUCUCUAUGAUCCUCAAAUUCCUCGACAUGAUCGUGAAGAUACUAAAGAACGAUAUAGUCGAGCUCUUCUCACACUUUUUGUACCUUGGCGUUCGGUGUCUGACCUUUGUGAUAAUAUUAUAGAAAAUAUUCAACUCUUACAUGAAUGUAAGAAAGAUCGUGAUGAGCAUUUACUUCGAAUUAUAACUGAAGCUCAAACUGAAAAUGGUACGAUUGAUCCUGAAUUAGUCAUAACAACUCGUAACAUGCGUGAUGAAUAUGACGACGCAAGUGACAAUGAAGAUUUACUUGAAUUGCUUGGUAAUUUAAACGAAUAUACUACCAAUGCAUUAAAUAGCAAUAAAAAGACAACAGAAAAUAUAUACAUUGAAGAAACCAUAGAAGCAGUAGAAAAGGUUGGACGAUUUACUCACACACAUACAAAUAGUCAAUUGUUAGUAAAUGAAUCUUCUAGAGAUCACUUUCAACAAAUUGUGCCGUUCGUCUCAGCAACACCUAAUCUCGUUCGACUCAAUACAAAAUGGCAAGAAUAA